GUCAAGAAGAAAUGUUCGCAAGAUGCAGCUAAAUUUGAAAAUUACUGGCAUGGUAUCAUUCAGGAGCACAAGAGAUUGGAACUUUCAAUAUAUGAAGCCGAAAAGGAUCAUAUUUACUUUGUCCUCGCUGAAUUAAUGGGUGCUAAAAUCGGAUGGGGAAAUACUAAUAAUAGACAAAGUCGUGGCAACGAAAUAGAAGUGAAAUGGAAUCCAAUAAGAUGCAAGAACAAACUACAAAGUCACCUUUAA